AUGAAUGACAUUAAACAAUUACUUUGGAAUGGUGAGCUUAAUGUGCUGGUAUCGAUCGAUCCUUCAUUUUUGAUGAAAGGAAGUCCAAGAGAAAUUGCGGUGCUACGAAUAAGGGUACCAAGGGAAACAUAUUUAGUCAAUUAUAUGCCCCUCAUUUGGAACAAGAUUAAAAGCUUUCUUUCUUUUGACCCAUUGACCGACAGUGAGAAGUAUUUCUGGUUUGAGCAUAAUAAGACGCCUAUUCCGUGGAAUUACCCAGUAGGUGUUUUGUUUGACUGCCUAGCCGGAAAAAGCGCUACUUUUACCACCUCUUUUGAGAACCAGGUAAAGGAUGUUCUCACUUUUUUGAGAAUUCACUUGGUUAUGGGCGAUUCGUUGCCACCAACUAUCAUUCCCAUCGCAUCUAGCAAAACGCAAGCGGAAAAGUUUUGGUUUCACCAAUGGAAACAAGUUUGCUUCAUACUGAAUGGUUCCUCAAAAGCUAUUAUGUCUUUAUCGGUCAACGAAGCUCGAAAAUUUUGGGGCAGUGUUAUUACGAGAAAUUUCCAAGAUUUCAUUGAAAUAUCUAACAAGAUAAGUUCAUCAAGACCGCGACAUAUACCGCUCAUCAUUCAAACCUCAAGGACAUCAGGAACUUUUCGAAUAUCACAACCAACUAUCAGUAUGACUGGAGUCAAUCCUACGUUGAAGGAUAUUGAAGGCGAUAUUCUGGACGUAAAGGAAGGAAUCAAUGGUAAUGAUGUCAUGGUUAUUUGUCAAGGAAUUGAAAUUCCUUGGCAUAUGCUCCUGUAUGAUUUGUAUUCUAAAUUGCGAAGUUUUGAUGGCUUUUUGUACAUAACUCUUGUUCCUAUAAAAGGCGGCGAUAAAGCUUCCUCUGAGCUCUAA